CCCGCAAAGCCCUAACUAUUGACGUCACUCCUCUCCAACAUUUCCCUCUUCUUCUCCGUCAGCCAUGUCUAUGAUUUCUCACCGUCUCAGGCGAGCGUUACUCACAGCUACUUCAUCUCUCAACCGAUCACUCUCUCUCUCUACGGCUUCCGUUGCUCCAACAUCUGUGUCGACGGCGGUACAGAGAUCCGUUCUAGGGAAGUUAACGGAAGUGACUACUCGAGCUCCGGCGAGGCUGUUUUCGACGAGGCAGUACAAGCUCUACAAAGAAGGAGACGAAAUCACGGAAGACAAUGUUCUGUUCGAAGGAUGCGAUUUCAAUCACUGGCUCAUCACCAUGGAUUUCCCCAAGGAUAAUCCUCUGUCCCCUGAGGAAAUGGUCUCUGCCUACGAGCAAACUUGCGCCGCUGGGCUUGGUAUCAGCUUGGAAGAGGCCAAGAAGAAGAUGUAUGCAUGUAGCACAACAACCUACCAAGGUUUUCAAGCUAUCAUGACUGAACAAGAAUCCGAAAAGUUCAAGGAUCUACCUGGAGUGGUGUUCGUGUUGCCAGAUUCAUACAUUGAUCCUGAGAACAAAGAGUAUGGAGGGGAUAAAUAUGAGAACGGAGUUAUCACACACAGGCCGCCACCAUUGCAGGCGAACCGGAGAACCCGUGAAAAGUUCAAUCAGAGAUCUGACCGUCAAGGCGGCAGUCCUCAAAACUUCCAAAGAAACACACAUUAUGGUCAACAACCUCCAAUGCAAGGUGGUGGAGGGGGCUAUGGUGGUCCUCACGAUCAGGGAGGUUACAACCAAGGACCGCCACGAUCUCCACCACCUCCAUAUCAGGGAGGUUACAACCAAGGGCAGGGAUCUCCGGUGCCUCCAUAUCAGGGAGGUUAUAAUCAAAUCGGACCUGGGAACUAUAGCCAAGGACCACAAGGAGGGCCUAGGAAUUUCAGUCCGCAGGGGAAUGGAAACUAUAGUCCUGCACCUGGAGCUGGAAAUCCCAAUCUUGGAUAUGGUCAGGGACAUACUGGUCCUGGACAAGAGCUGAAUCAAACCAUUCCACAUGCUGAUCAGAGGAAUGCAGCUGGAGACUGGAACAACAAUAAUCCAGCAGGCCAACCAGGAUCUGACCAAUUUCCGCAGGGAAGAAGAUAAUAGAUAGACACACGAUGCUUGCUGCUGUGAAUUGCGCUGAAUGACGAGAGAAUAUUCAGAGCUACACUCUCUAUUAAGUUUCAGAGUACAUAUAGGUUCUUAGUCAUCUUUCUACGUUGUUUGGCUGCACCAGUAAACUUGAAACACUUUUGCAAAUCAUUCUUCUAAAGAUCAUUAUUCUUCUAGAUU